AUGCCCAUGACAUCCCUCGCCCCGCGUCCCGGCCCGGCUGUUAUCCAACGCGCCAACUCAUUGCAGGCGUCGGAUACAUCACACACAAGCGCCUCUACGACUGAUGCGAGUACAUCGAAUACCAGUGCUUCGACGUCGCCAACCAAGCCCUCACCGGUAUCGAGCAUAGGAGAGAGUAUCGGCUCCAGCCCCAUAGUGCCCGCCCAACUGUGCACAAUCCCUCUACGAGUUGCCCGCCCACUUCCCAUUCCCCCCACCCCAUCACCCGCGCUCACUUCUACCAGCACCCUCAAGCUCUCCCACCAAGAGUCCCAGAGCACCCUGGGGAAAUCUUCCCUCAAACCUUCCAUUUCUCACUCUCAGACCGCUCAAAGACGGGAUCGUAGCCGGCCUCCGCCCUCCUCGUACAUCCCGCAUCAGGCCGAUGAUGACCGUUGGGUUUCCAUAUCGGUGUUACCAGCACUUGCCGAACGCACAGACACUAGCGAGCGCCAAGUGAACACCGGUGCUCGAGUGACGAAGCACAAGCGCUCUGCCUCGGCUGGUCCGAAACUCGCCAAUAACCCACCUGUUAAUCCGACCGACACCAAAGCGGCAUUCCCCAAGCACACCACCCGAAUAACGCCCACUCCCAAAGCGCUUCCGGAUUUGCCAUCCCACACACAGCCGGUCACUAUACGUCAAAAUGAAACCUCCUGGAAGCUCGAGUUUCGAGGGGUGGUUAAACUGGUCAGAUGGGUUUCGCGUCGCGACAAACGCGCUGAAAGCGGAGUGGAGGACGAGAGGGCAGAGGAUCUGGACGAGAAAGAACUCAGCAUGGAUAGAAAAGGCUAUUCAGUUGCAUCGCUCGGCCGGAAGAGUCGGGAUAGCUCUGCUAAACCUCGCCCCAUCACUGGCUCCGCAGGGGUAGCGUCUAGGCCUCGUCCAAUAAGCUUGGCUCGGCCGCACCCCAAGUUGGACCUCGUGAGCGACAAAGAUGAAGAGGGCAAAGAACCUAACAAGAGGAGGUUGACCAAAUCGAAUCCUAUCAUGUUUGGGAGGACUAGUAACGAGCUCAAAAAACAACCGAGCAUCGAACUCAAGAAGGAAGGCUCGAAAACUGGGCCUGCCAACCGGUCGGGACGACGAUCGAGCUCAGAUGCCGCGCGGAAAGUGCUGUCGGGCGCAACUCUCGGUAUCGGUCGGCAACCGGGCGCUGAAGGAACAAGUAGGCCAACCGUUGAAGCGGACUUGGGAAUGGCGCUCAAUGGCGGAGGUGUUUUUGUGCCAGAAGCCUCGCUCUCUGUAUCUUCGAACUCCGCUCUAGCUUCGUUCAUCGCUCCUGUUGAACCUGCUGCAGGCCCAUCGACUCUGAGAAGUAGUACUGCACCCGUUUCGACUAUGAGUUACUCGCCUCCUUACUUGCGCAAUCCAGUCCCUGUUGGAGUGGCACCGGCAUUGGUCACGCAAACAACCACUACCGUUACGCAAACAACCACUACCACAACUACUACGACACUAGCUUCACCCAGUGGGUUUACGUCUACACCAUUCGCAUUUACCUCCUACCCUUCUGUGACCACAACGGCUACAGUACUCACACCUGUUCUCGAAGGACAGCUUUUCUCGUCCCCUCCAUCUAUCGAGGCGUCCGAGUUCCCUUGGACGACGGUUGCUGUCGGAGCUGCAGAGUCGGCAGUGGGCGUGGCCGUCAGCGGAGGGUUUUCUCCAGUCGAGAGUAAUGCGAUUUCGUCUGUUGCGAGCGUGGGAGGUGUGUCCCCGGUUAUUUCCGCUCUCGAUGCGAACACGGGCAACAUGUCGACGAUGACAUCUAGUGCUGUUUUGCCUUUUAUGCCUAAUGCGUCGCCCUUCAUGUCAAACUCAACUUCGCCCCCACUGUCUAACGCGGCAUCGCCCCUCAUGUCCAGCCGGCCCUCGCCAAUGAUGUCCAACGUGACCUCUCCUCCCAUGAGCAGCGCCGCUUCACCCGUUCUCUUGUCCAACGCGCAGCUUUCUGAAGGUGCAAAAUCUAUACCCCACAUGGUUUCGGUCGAGGCAACUGCCACGGGCUUGGCCCUGAACUACGCUACUGCGCGCUCAAACGGGAAUAGUGUUUCGGCACAGAUCGAGCCAGUCGUGUUGACAAGGUAUGGCGCCGCAACCGAUCUAGGACAUGACCCUCGUUAUUUGUCGGCGCCGGAUGCGCGUUUCGGCGCCUCGACCGAACUUCCUCGCUUCUCCGCAGCUGCAACCGACAUUGGCCACGGAACCUCGACUCGGGCGACGUCACCUACGCCUUCGGACCGUUACGCCUUUUCCGAUGACGUGCAUGAGUACCGGCCUUCGGGUGGGAUACUUCGGGCUCUUUCUAGCGCGGACCAUUCGGACGCUCCGUUGCCUAUGCCUCGCCGACCGUUUAUGGCUGCGCGUGAAUCUAACGGGAGUGGUGUCACGUUUGAGGAUAGCAGUGCCCAAUCGAGCCCCCGCAUCGGGGGUCGGAAAAAGAUGAUGACUAUGAGUUCCUCGGAAAUUGGCCAUGGCCAACGGGUUGGACCCACGAGACAUCAAGUCCAACGGAGCUCUUCGUCCCUUAGCAUUGCUGGAAGAAUCAUUCGUACGCUCUCCAUUGGUUCUAACAAGGCUGUACAAGACAGCGAGGCUGAAGGCUCGAGGCUGCCCCGUAAGUUGAUCCGCAAGAAGAUGUAUUCACGCACGGGGUCAGCAAUUUCUUUGGUCAUUCCUGACGGUAGUGUCCCCCCAGUCCCUCCUUUGCCUCCUGGUGUUGUCUCCGGGCCGUAUGCUAGUGAACAUGGUCAUGGCGACGGAAGUGCACUUGGCCAUGGGGACAGUGUUCUCGGUCAUGGAGAGAGUGUCCAAGGACAUGGUCAGUAUGCGAGUGGGUUUGGAAGUUCGAGUGUACUUGGGCACGGCGAUCCCUCUGCUAUUUCACCUGCUCCUACCCGAAAUUCCUUUGCGACCACCCAAUCGGCCCCGACAACCAUGAGCGGAUCACGAAAGCUCAGGAAGCGUCAACCUAGCAAAUCGAGGCAUUCCGAAGUAUUUGGACGGACUUUGGCGAGCAUUGACCUGAACAACGAUGGUGCCGCCCGAUAUCCUCCAAGGAUAACAACUCAGUUUGCCCAGAUGCCAUUGAUGGGCGACGAAAAUGUGUUGACAGCUAGUGUGUGUGGUACGACCGAUGAUGGUCACCUAAUGAUACCAAUCCGCCCGGGUCUACCUCGCCGAACCUCUUCCCAACGUCGCUGGACCAUCGCCGAUAUGGACGAUGAAGAGUUCCUUCGUCAGCUUGAGGCCAAACUUAGCGGAGUAGGCGGCCGUUUGCGGCAGAGUCGUAUGCUUGAGGACUUUGCCAUGGGUGUUGAUGGAGACAUGAUUGAUCUUGGUCCUGAAGACGAGCAACGCUCCCACUCCGAUGAUAGCCUGGCUGAGCGGGAAUGGGCCCGCGCACGUCGUGCAAUGAUGUGUGUCCGCGAAAUCGUACGCACCGAGAAGAGCUAUAUGCGUCACUUGAAUGGGUUUAUUAAUAGCGAGGAUGGUGCUGGAAUGUCGCCCAUUCUGGCAGAGCACCUCCCACGAUUGAUCGAGACAUCGCGUAUGUUCUGUGCUCGCCUUGAAGAGGAUCCCUCGGCGAAGGGCGUGAGCAAUGCGUUCUUGGAUGUCGAGGAGGUUCUGGAUGCCACCUUCGUACAAUGGUCGGGUGUUGUGGGCGAAGUCAUCUCUUCUACGCAACAACGGACGGACAGUCAAGCCACAAGCGAAGAUGGUCACACAAGCAGUGCUGGCGUCGGGAGCGGGUCGUCAUGGAUUCGCCGAAGGUCCGCAACUGCGAGCUCGGCGAUUCAGCCGGCGUUCCUAAGUAUGACUCCAGUGAACGGAGGCAAUAGCAAGAAUAAAAAAUCUGCCCGUGGGACCAAGUCCAAGAAGAUGACGGAGCAGGAUGUGGUGAUUAUGCCUACCCAGCGAGCGAUCAGAUAUGUACUCAUGUAUCGAGAAUUAUUGCUUCACACCCCUGUGACUUCGGCAUCACGCCCUCUUGUGGAGCGUGCACUUCAAGGUGCUACACGCAUCGCGCGAAGAUGCGACGAAGCUCAGAACCAUGCCGAUCAUAUCCUUUCUCCCCCUUCCCAAUGA